CGAGGCGUUUAAAUUCGAAAUCUACUGGUCACUUGCUCAUCGAGGGAAUUUCGAAAACGUGAACUGUGUGUGGAGGUUGUUACCGGCUAGAGAAGUUAUUUUCUGUUUGUCUGACUUGAAUUGAGGAUGAGUUCUACUGCUGUAAAUGAUGAGAAUCGUGGGGUCUGCACUGGAAGAAAGCAGAGCAAUUCAGAGACAAUUUGUGACAUCUUUUCUUUUGAUCAGCCGACUGGGAGGCCCUCCAUUCUUCGCCAGUCUCAGGCAGAGAACCUGUCAAACAAAACUAUAGCAAAGGGCGGAAAGGUUUGUUUUCAGACUCCAAGAAGAGACCCUCUCACUAAGAGAAUAGUAUCACCAACAAAGUCCCUUAAGAUAGAAAGCCUGGAUGACUGUAGUAAAGCCCUGGAUACAUUGCAGUUUACAUCACCCGAAGAGGUGGUACCUCUAGAAACCAAUGGGCUUGUUGAUGUAGCAAAAUCAGACUUCACAAAUGUGUCGUCCUAUCCUGAUGAUGAUAUGCAGAGUAAAGGAGGUUGUCAGCUGUAUUUUGACAACCUUGAUGCCAUCAAUCCCUUCCAAGGGUCUACUAAAAUGGUCCUCUCCCCAGCAAGGCUCAGUGAGCUAGUUGAAACUCAAAAGGCUGAAGAACAGCGUGAACGUAAUGUCAUUGAAGCAGUUUCUGACAGGAAUGAAAAGGCACUGGAUGAUACACUCCCGUUCAUGCCAUCAGUGGAAAAUUCUCUUGCUGACUUCUCAGCCGAUAUGUGCUCAACAGAUAGCAGAGUGAUUACCAUGAUGAAGGACCCAGCCGAGAAGUUAUCCAACUCUGGUGAGGAAGAAACUGUACCAUCAGUUAACCUCGACCCAGAUCAAGCUGUGGCUAUCAUCUCUACAGCCGAGGAGACUCCUCUGCCACCAAAAGGUACAUACGAAUUUGAUUUUGACAACCUUGAUUCAGUCAACCCUUUCCAAACGGGAGGCUCCAAAUUGCAGAAUUCCCCUGUGCUUGGAAUGAAGCUACCAUGCAAUGACCCUAAAAAGGUGGAAGUUGAAGAGUCUGCAGUAAAGGAAAUGGAACCAGCAGCCAUGCUUGAGGUGGUUCAGCCUGUCCUAGAAGCACCUGUCCAGCCAGAAAUUAAACCUAUUGCACCGAAGGAGACUUCCAAGUCAGUUGAAGAUGCUGUGGCCAUCACCUCUACAGCUGAGGAGACUCCUCUGCCGCCAAAAGGUACAUAUGAAUUUGAUUUUGACAACCUUGAUUCAGUCAACCCUUUCCAAACGGGAGGCUCCAAAUUGCAGAAUUCCCCUGUGCUUGGAAUGAAGCUACCAUGCAAUGACCCUGAAAAGGUGGAAGUUGAAGAGUCUGCAGUAAAGGAAAUGGAACCAGCAGCCAUGCUUGAGGUGGUUCAGCCUGUCCUAGAAGCACCUGUCCAGCCAGAAAUUAAACCUAUUGCACCGAAGGAGACUUCCAAGUCAGUUGAAGAUGCUGUGGCCAUCACCUCUACAGCUGAGGAGACUCCUCUGCCGCCAAAAGGUACAUAUGAAUUUGAUUUUGACAACCUUGAUUCAGUCAACCCUUUCCAAACGGGAGGCUCCAAAUUGCAGAAUUCCCCUGUGCUUGGAAUGAAGCUACCAUGCAAUGACCCUGAAAAGGUGGAAGUUGAAGAGUCUGCAGUAAAGGAAAUGGAACCAGCAGCCAUGCUUGAGGUGGUUCAGCCUGUCCUAGAAGCACCUGUCCAGCCAGAAAUUAAACCUAAUGCACCGAAGGAGACUUCCAAGUCAGUUGAAGAUGCUGUGGCCAUCACCUCUACAGCUGAGGAGACUCCUCUGCCGCCAAAAGGUACAUAUGAAUUUGAUUUUGACAACCUUGAUUCAGUCAACCCUUUCCAAACGGGAGGCUCCAAAUUGCAGAAUUCCCCUGUGCUUGGAAGGAAGCGGCCAUGCGAUGACCCUCAAAAGGUGGAAGUUGAAGAGCCUGCAGCCAUGCUUGAGGUGGUUCAGCCUGUCCUAGAGGCACCUGUCCAGCCAGAGAUUAACCCUAUUGCACCAUUGUCAACUGCUCCCGAAGAGACCAGCAAGCCAGCUGAAGAAUCCGUACCUCAACCCAGUGCAGCCCCUUCCAAGGAUGGUGCAGUGAAACUUGAGUUAAAUUUUGAUGACAGCGAGGUCAACCCUCCCCCCAAGAAGUUUGACAAAAGGCCUGUUUUGAAGCCGACAUGGAAAAAGGCUGUACCUACAGAAAAAAAAGAACCUGCUCAAUCCAAGGAAUCUCCAGUGAAGCCAUUGGUCAAUACUGAUUAUGAAAUUCCUCUUCCCAAGGGCAAGUACAACUUUGACUUUGAUAAAUUUGACCCAAGUGUCAAUCCAUUUGGUACAAAUGUAAAAAUGACUGAAUCUACAGUCUGUACGGUGAAAUCCAGUCCAGAUGACAAGGUACCAACCUCAGUCAGGGUGGCUGUCUACCCUGAGAAAGUGGCAGAGCCUGUUCAGCAAGAAACUGCACCAUCACUAAUUGUUUCUAUUGCUGGAUAUGAACCUGAUCGUUCUGCCGUAAAAGGAAUUGACAACAUUCCACAGAAUCUGACGCUUCAGAUGGACUCUUCUGAAGUUCAGGAUCCUUCCUCUGGAAAAGAGCAGGAACCUCCAACUAAACCUGACCAACCUUCGCUAAGCACUCCAGAACCCUUGGAACUCUGCCAAUUUGAGCAGACCCCACAGAAUGACAUGUCAGAAUUUAAUGAGGACUUUGUUCCUGGAACCACAUUCAUGGCAAAUGACUUUGACAGGCAGAUGGACUACCUGGAGCAGUUUGGGUCCAGCACUUUUAAGGAGUCGGCACUGAGAAAACAAUCACUGUACCUCAAAUUUGACCCACUAAUGCGGGAGAGCCCCAAUAAGUCUGGAGUCCCUGCAGGACUCAACAACCUCCCACGACCUGCUCCCUUUGCUUCACGUGUGGAGACCCAGAAGACUGGAACCGAUGAGGUGAAUGGACUGAAAUCUGUCAACCCUAAACUGCUUCAUGACCUACCACCUGUUCAAGUUGUUGGUCCUCAGACUCUUGUGACGAAUUCCCCUGUUCUUGAGAAUCUGGUCCCUACUUUCCCCCAACCAGCCAACCCUGAUGAUAACAUCAUAGAGGUGCUGAAAUACAGUCAGCAAGACAUGAAUGUUGCCAUUGCCAAGAUCCAGAAACAAGCAAAGGAGAAUGCGGAUGAAUGGAAAUCGAAGCAUGACACGCUAUCUCAGGAUAAUCAUGAAAUGGGGAAAAUCAUGUCAGCAUUUGAAGCCACAAUCGCUCAGAUAUUGGCUGAUAAACAGAGGGAGACGGAGAAGGCCCAGGCUGACAUCACUAAAGUCCUGCAGGAGAAGGAACAGUUAUCAGAGGACCUGAAUGCAAUGGAGCGGUCCUUCUCAGAUCUCUUCAAGAGACUAGACAAAUACAAAGAGGUCAUCGAGGGUUACAUAAAGAAUGAAGAGAUGCUGAAGAAAUGUGCUCAAGAUUACCUGGCUAGGAUCAAGGAGGAGGAGCAGCGCUACCAGACCCUGAAAGCCCAUGCAGAGCAGAAAAUUAGCCUGGCAAAUGGAGAGAUUGCGGAGGUGCGCUCCAAAUUAAAGUCUGAAGUCGCUGCACUUCAGGCCCAGCUGCGCAGGGAGCAGCUAAAGGCCCAGUCACUGGAGAAGAGCCUUGACCAGAAAGUAAAAGAGACUGAAGAACUCACCAACCUUUGCGAUGAACUAAUAGCUAAAGUCCAGAAGGGCUGAGUUCAACCGUAUGUCUGUUAGGUUGUCAAGAUUUUUUACAAAUUUGAGUAUGUGGUGGUCCUGAUGAACAAGUGUGUGAAUAGUGCUUUGUAAAUAUGUUUUGUUGCUCUUGAUUGGAGAUCAAGUGCCAUGAUAGUAUUUCACUAGAUUUCUAUUCUACUGAUUCAUGUUGGUUCCUUUUAUCAAUGUCGGUCUUUAUUACUGUAAUAAAAUUGUUUCACUAAUCAAGA